UUUCCGAUAAGGUCGAACCAUUGCGAAUUAUCUUUCCAGUUUCUACCGGUGGUCUUUAACACCUAACCUGACAAACUAAUACUAUGGUAUUCAGAGCGCCUAUUCGUUCGAUGGCGACUGCUGCCCGGCAUUCGUUGAAAAUCGGUAUGCUCCCAGCUGACGGAAUUGGCAGGGAAGUUUUACCUGGUGCGAAGGCUGCCAUUCUGGCUCUUGGAUCAUCUAUACCGAAGACAGAGUUUAUUGACUUACUCGCUGGUUUCGAGUACUUCACGAAAACAGGAACUGCACUCCCUGACGAGACUGUUCAAAUAUUGAAAAGUGAAUGUGAUUGUGCACUUUUUGGGGCUGUCAGCUCUCCAUCUCGAAAAGUGGUCGGGUAUUCGUCACCAAUUGUCGCACUUCGCAAAAAGAUGGAUCUAUACGCCAAUAUUCGGCCGGUGAAAUCAGUUUCCGUUAAUCCUGAAGGGAAGCCAGGCGUUGACCUCGUUGUCAUUCGUGAAAACACCGAGUGCCUGUACGUCAAGCAGGAAACACAGACCGUCGGAGAACACGGCAAGGAGGCCCGGGCUACUCGCCUUAUCACCGAACGGGCUUCCCGCCGAAUAGGCGAGUUGGCCUUCAAAAUGGCCUUGGAGCGCCCUCGUAAGCACUUGACCGUGAUCCACAAAUCGAACGUCCUUUCUAUUACUGAUGGUCUGUUCCGCGAGACGGUCCGUGCAGUACCAACAUUACCUGGUGUGGAUGGCAAGUAUGAUGAUGUAACAGUUGCCGAGCAACUUGUAGAUAGCGCUGUGUACAGAUUGUUCCGUGAGCCCGAGAUUUAUGAUGUGAUGGUUGCACCCAAUCUCUAUGGUGACAUCCUUUCGGAUGCAGCAGCAGCGUUGGUGGGGUCGCUUGGUCUGGUGCCUUCAGUUAAUGCAGGAGAUUCAUUCGUAAUGGGGGAGCCUGUUCACGGCUCUGCACCAGAUAUCGCCGGACAAAAUAUCGCAAACCCAUUGGCAGCAAUCCGCUCAGCUGCGAUGAUGCUGCGUCAUAUUGGAUAUGGGGAUGGCGCGGAUCGUAUCGAAAGAGCGGUGGAUUCUGUUCUUAGGGAAGGCAAGGUUCUGACACCUGAUUUGGGUGGCAAGAGUAAGACGAGUGAGGUUGUGGACGAGGUGACAAAGCGUAUAUAACGGUGUAAUAGCUGAAUUGUAACCUUACGUUAAGGUUAGGGGUUAAUGUACUCGAUUUGUUUUCA